GACGUCAGCAAGGCGACGCGGAAGUUUACGGGUGAACCAGCGUCAUUCAGAUCUCGGAAGGCUAGGCUGGAUUUAAACCUUGGGAGUUAUUGAUUUAUUCGCUGUGUGUGACGCCUUGGGGUUGGGCUGGCGGGAGAAGGUCCGGAUAGGCUCAGACCUCCCCGCUACCCUCUCACCUCUAAGCCUUCUGAGUGGGUCUCGACAGGAAGCGGUAUCCAGUGGGGACAUGUGUGAGGGAGGAGAAGUACGGCGACAUCUGGGGCUGCCUGCACACAGGUUUGCUUAGCUUCCGGGCUAGCCACCAGUUGGCCUCGGAUUUGAAUUAGUGGUGUCUGGCGGGAUGGAGUGGUGCAAAGAUUAAACUUGACGUGUGCUCUCUCCACUCACCCUGCAUUAGACUCUGCACCUUAUUUCAAAUGUAGAGUUCUCUGCUACCAGUGAUGUUCAGAUAAGCGUCAGUGAGAUGACUCUUCAGGAAUUGGUGCAUCAGGCUGCCUCCCUUUAUUCAGAUAAAAUAGCUGUGUGUUUUGAUGAAUGUAACAACCAGCCUCCAGUUUACUAUACCUACAAGACUGUGAUUAAUGCUGCUUCAGCAUUAUCGGAUUUUCUGCUGUUACACUGUGACUUUCAAGGAAUUCGGGAAAUUGGUCUCUACUGCCAUCCUACAAUAAACUUACCCUCUUGGAUUUUAGGAAUUCUCCAAGUCCCUGCUGCUUAUGCACCUGUUGAUCCAGAUUCACCGCCAGCAUUAUCAAUUCAUUUUAUGAAAAAAUGUAAUCUGAAGUAUAUCCUUGUUGAAAAAGUGCAUAUAAGUAAAUUCAAGUCUUCCUAUGAAGCAUUAUUGAACUAUGAUAUGCUUACAGUAGAACAUAAUGACCUAGUACUCUUCAGACUUCACUGGAAAAAUGUUGAGGUGAGCCUGGUGCCAAACGAUAGAAAAGAGAAAUAUGAAAAAGGAACGAUGACAAAGAGUAUGCCUUCUGAGAGCAGCAGUGAAGAAAAGUCUGAAGAGCACAUGGAUGUGCUAAAGCACUGCUUGGCCUAUGUUCUCCAUACGUCAGGCACUACAGGGAUACCUAAGACUGUCAGAGUCCCUCAUGCAUGUAUAGUGCCAAACAUCCAGCAUUUUCGGGUGCUUUUUGAAAUCACUCAUGAAGAUGUUUUGUUUCUGGCUUCACCUCUGACCUUUGAUCCUUCUGUGGUGGAAAUCUUUGUUGCUUUGUCAAGUGGUGCCUCUUUGCUUAUUGUGCCAACUUCUGUCAAAAUGGUCCCAUCAAAAUUAGCUGCUGUUCUGUUUUCCCAUCACAGAGUGACUAUUUUACAGGCAACGCCGACAUUGCUUAGAAGAUUUGGAUCUCAGCUCAUCAAAUCAACUGUUUUAUCCACCAAUACUUCUCUUCGCAUAUUGGCCCUUGGUGGUGAAGCAUUUCCAUCAUUAACUGUUCUCAAAAGCUGGAGAGGAGUAGGCAAUAAAACACAAAUAUUUAAUAUUUAUGGCAUCACAGAGGUAUCAAGUUGGGCGACUUUCUACAGGAUUCCAGAGAAGAUUCUUAACUCUACUUUGAAAUGUGAAUUGCCUGUACAACUGGGAUUUCCACUGCUUGGAACAGUAGUUGAAGUCAGAGAUACUAAUGGUUUCACAAUUCAAGAAGGCAAUGGCCAAGUAUUUUUAGGUGGCAGAAAUAGAGUAUGUUUUCUUGAUGGCGAAAUGACGGUACCACUUGGCACAAUGAGAGCCACAGGAGACUUUGUAACUAUAAAAGAUGGAGAGAUAUUUUUCUUGGGACGAAAGGACAGUCAGAUCAAACGUCAUGGCAAACGUCUUAACGUAGAACUUGUACAACAGAUUGCUGAAGGUCUUCAACAAGUGGAGUCUUGUGCAGUUACAUGGUAUAACCAGGAAAAAUUGAUUUUGUUCAUGGUGACUAAAAAUGAUUUAGUAAAGGAUUACAUCUUUGAAGAACUGCAGAAACAUCUUCCAAGUCAUGCCAUCCCAGAUGAGCUUGUGUUAAUUAAUUCUCUGCCAUUUACGUCUCAUGGCAAAAUUGAUGUUUCUGAGCUAAAUAAGAUAUAUUUAAACUACAGAGACUUGAAGUCUGAGUCUAAGCUCAGUGGAAAAGAGGAACUUUGGGAAAAAUUACACCAUUUGUGGAAGUCUGUUCUGAGUCUCUCAGAAGAUGCUUUGAAGAUUCCUGAUGAGUCACUCUUCUUAAAUAGUGGUGGAGAUUCCUUGAAAUCCAUACGGCUCCUCAAUGAGAUUGAAAACCUUGUUGGCACAUCAGUACCUGGGCUUCUGGAAAUUCUUCUCAGCAGUUCUAUUUUAGAGAUUUACAAUCACAUCCUUCAAACAGUGUUUUCAGAUAAAGACCUGACACUUAGCAAGAAUCAUGCCAUGAAAAGAAAAUUCAGCGAUGCUACUCGAGAGGAAGCCAGCGGAAAAUCUUUACAUCAGGAAGCUGUCGUGCCUUUAAAUUGUGACAAUGAGAGCAAUGCUUUUAUUGCACUGAGCAGAGGGAACCAGAUUUUGUCUUUGAAUACUGAUAGGUAUUUAACUAAGUUGGGACAUUGCCCUUCAACCUAUUCUUCUGAUUUAAAUUCACAGACUGACAUUCAAAAUAGAGAAAGCCUAAGUACUCCACCUCUUAUUGGGGAGUCAGAAGAUCCAUCCUGUGUUGUAGAAGUUUCUGAAGAGGACACACCUGUGAUUAGGGCUGAGAAAAUGGAGUUUCGUGUGAGGUGGAGGUCAGACACAGGCAAAUGUGUGGAUGCUUCACCUCUGCUUGUAAUACCAGCUCUUGAUAAGUCAUCUGCAACUGUGUACAUUGGCUCCCAUUCUCAUAGAAUGAUAGCAGUUGAUCUUUACUCUGGAAAGGUGAAAUGGGAACAGAUUUUAGGAGAUCGCAUUGAAUCCUCAGCAUGUGUAUCUAAGUGUGGAAACUUUAUUGUAGUGGGCUGUUAUAAUGGGUUAGUUUAUGUUCUGAAAAGUAAUAGUGGAGAAAAAUACUGGAUGUUUAGUACUGAGAAUGCUGUCAAAAGCUCAGCAACCUUGGAUCCUACCACAGGACUUCUUUACAUUGGAUCUCAUGACCAGCAUGCAUACGCUUUGGAUAUAUAUAAAAAGAAGUGUGUUUGGAAGUUGAAAUGUGGAGGAACUGUUUUUUCUUCUCCUUGUUUGAGCCUGAUUCCAUCUCACUUGUAUUUUGCUACACUGGGAGGACUUUUACUGGCUAUAAAUCCUGCCACUGGGGACAGAGUUUGGAAACAUUCCUGUGGAAAGCCACUCUUUUCUUCUCCACGGUGUUGCCUACAGUAUAUUUUUAUUGGCUGUGUAGAUGGAAAUUUACUCUGCUUUACUCACUUUGGAGAACAGGUCUGGCAAUUCUCUACCAAUGAACCAAUCUUUUCAUCCCCAUGUACCUCAGCAUCAGAGCAAGAAAUAUUUUUUGGUUCUCAUGACUGCUUUAUCUACUGUUGUAGUAUGAAAGGUCACCUCCGGUGGAAAUUUGAAACUACUGCAAGAGUGUAUUCAACACCUUUUGUUUUCCGUAACCACAACCAUAACAAUGAAAUGUUACUGGCAGCAGCAUCUACUGAUGGCAAACUGUGGAUCUUGGAAUCUAAGAGUGGACAGUUGCAAAGUGUGUAUGAGCUUCCUGGAGAAGUUUUCUCUUCUCCUGUGGUCUGGGAAUCAAUGCUUAUUAUUGGGUGUAGAAAUAAUUAUGUUUAUUGUCUGGAUUUAUUGGGUGGCAAAGGUAAUGAAGUGCAGUCCUUAGAAUAUACAUGAGAUAUUUGAAAAUAUUUUAUAUUACUGAGCUUGUGGGUAGUCUUAUAUUAAAGAUUAUAUUUUGUUUAAGAAACUUGUCUAUUACACUUUAUUGGAAAACAGCCAUACUUUACUUCCUAUAGGAGCAACAGAUGCUUUUACAAGGAAUUAUAGAACAAAACACAUCCUAAUGCCUGUUAUAAUUAUUGAUUAAAGGAAUAUCGAUGUUCUUCUAAUUUC